AUGAGUGCCUCCUCGCCCUGCUGCGCGUGGUCUUCUCGCGUUGGUCUCGUCGAAAGAAGGAGAGAGAGUGCGCAGAGGAGGAGGAGAACGAUUUCAAAAACAAACGCGAUGAUACCGAACAUCGACUUUGACUUCCCGGACAGCGCGUACGUGAAUUCGUUCAGGAACGAAAACUACCACCAAGUAAAAGGCGAAAGCUUGAAGAACAAAACGAAGCGAGGGGAGGUGUCGAUUAAUUUUCCGAAAAAUAUCUUAGAAAAUGAUAAAGCGGAUGGCACGAGCGAGGAGAAUAGCAUCUUCGAGGGAAGGGGAGUGUUGCCGGAAAUUCCUUUCGAGAGUUUACCGGAGAUUGGAUUCGCGCUCGGGUUGUCCGUUUUCUCGGGCUUUUGGGCGCUGUGGGAAGCGUUCGGGAAGAAGGCAGUGUUUGGAGAUCAAGAAGAGGAAGAGGAAGACGUAUUAUUCUUAGGAGGUGAUGAGUACGACGACGACGACGAGAGUAGUAGCGAUAUCAGAAGGAUAUCUGCGAAACGAAAACGCGAACGACACGUCGUCCAAGGCGUGGACGUGACGCUGUUCCCCAUAUUCAAAGACGAAGUCGUCUUGAAAGCGGUCAAGUUUGCCGAGGAGAAGCACAAAGGGCAAAGUCGGAAAACGGGCGAACCGUACGUGACGCAUUUAGUGGAAGCGGCGAGAAUAUUAGCUGCGGCGUUACCUGAACCCAGAGAUCAGAACAAAUUCGGCUCGACAACGCGAGAGAAAUUGCGAGAAACUAUCAGCGCGUGCCUGUUAGUGGCGACCCUGGACGAUCCAAACUCGAAGAGCAGCAAUUUAUUGAAAGGCGAAACGAACGAUAGGAUAAAAGAUGAGCUGAAGGAAAAUUUUGGAGACGCGACGGCUGAGCUCGUUCUGCAAGCGGCGAGGAUGGGUAAAUUGAUGGCGGGUGUCCGAAGACGACAGCGGAGGAAAAGAAGAGAAAAUAGCAUGAUGAGUAGCAGCGCGAAUAAUAGCACCACAUCAUCAUCGGAAGAAGAAAUAGAAGCACAGAAGGAAGAAGAGGAAGAAGAAAUCGACGAUAACGAAAAGUUGGAAGAGUUACUCUUGGACGUCGUGAAAGAUCCGAGAGUAUUUUUGAUUAAAAUCGCAGAGAGAUUGCACAACAUGCGAACGUUGUACGCCUUGGACCCGCGAAAGGCGGAGACCGUCGCGGAUGAAACUCUGCGCGUUUGGUGUUCAUUUGCUGAAAAAUUGGGCAUUUGGACCGUGAAAUCUGAAUUGGAGGACAUGUGUUUCGCAGUUUUGGAACCGGAACGGUUCGAGGAAAUCGUGCAAAGCAGAGACGACUUUUGGUUAGAGGAAUCGAAGCGGGGACGGUUUCGCGGGAAGAAUUUUAGAGGCACGAUUGCUCCAGAGUUACAAGAAGAGAGAAACGAGAAAGAAAAGGCGGAGAAGGAGGCUUUGGCAUUCAAAACGAACCAAAACAAAAAUAAUUACGUGAUGAUGGAUGCUUUAGACGAAACCGAACGUGACCCUUCUUGGACGAGAUUGAACGAAACGCAAAGAGCUUUACGAAGGCGUUUGCAGUGCGUGCAGCCGUUUGAAGCGUUGACGACGCGGGACGGAGGAGCCAUGCGUAUCGACGAAAAGGUUUUACGUGAGUCGCCGAUGCGUCCAGCGACGAAAAAAUCCUUAGAAGCACUCGCCCAAUGGCAGAAUAAGAUGUUUCAAGCGUUGCGGCUGGACGGCGUCGUUUUGAACGUGAACGUGCGAAUGUCUUCUCGACUGAAGAGUUUAUUCUCGACGAGCGAGAAGAUGAAGAGAAAGAACGUUCCGUUCAGCGAAGUGUACGACGGACGCGCGACGAGAAUCAUAAUUGGCGAUCCAGUAUCGGCGUCAACGAUGACUUCUGACGGUGAAGGUAGUGCAUCGGAAUUUUUCGAUAAAGAUAAACUCGAUUCUGGUUUACCGAGCGAAAUUGAAGCGUGCUACGCACUAUUGAACGCGGUACAUAAGAUUAACCGUCCCAUCAAUGGUGAGUACGAUGAUUACAUCACAAAGCCAAAAAAGUCUGGGUAUAAAAGUUUGCACACGGCAGUUUUAGGCGACGAUGGAAAACCGCUAGAGGUUCAAAUUCGGACGCGAGGUAUGCACGAUGCCGCGGAGUGGGGCGUCGCCGCGCACUGGCUUUACAAAACGAGAACGGAGAAUAAGUCCUCAAAAAAAUCAUCAAAGAAAGGUCAAAAGAACGAGGGCAACGAGGGAGAAAAAGAUACGACGCCACGACUUGGGCAGGUCGUGCAACUUAUUUCACCGACCAGUCGCGCCGGCGGCGGCGUUGUUGUCGGUGUCGAAUCGGCUGGUCGGUGCACGGUUGCGAAACCGACUUCGUCUCGACGGGGCGCUCAUACGCCAGACGCGUCCGAAUGGGCGCUCGAGUUGAACGGGCACGAAAACUUACUUAAUGAAGUGAAUAAGAAGAAGUUAAAAGGUGCACGUCAAGAAACAAAAGAAUACUACAUUCUUGAAUUUUGUUUAUACGAAGACGGUCGAUGGCACGAGCAAGAUCAACUCGGGAAGGCUGGAAUGAUUACCAUGGAACUGUUGGACAUUUUCGCUCAACUGGACGAUGAAAAAGGAGAGAAAAAGAUUGAGAGCCGAGACAAACAGAUAGUCAAGAAACAGAAACAGGCGCCCGAUCGUAUGAAACGCAUAAUUAUGAAAUGGCAGAAAACAAAUCAGCCUCUUGGUAUCAUACGGUCCCAAGGUUUACGCGAUGAGUUUGAUGAGAAAAUGAGCAACACCGAUAUCGACAAAGAAGCUUAUUUAUCCGGAUCGCAAGGAUGGAAUCAAGCGCUCGCAAGGUCGCAGCCGCCGGCUCCGGGACCUUAUUUUGAUCCACAACAACCUACUUCUCCUAGUGAAGUGCAAUUCACGCGAGCGGAAGCCGCGAAACUCGAAGCUGAACUCGCGCUUUCCACCAAACGCAACGGCAAAAGCGGAGCGCUCCAAUCCGCCACGGUCGAUUUAACCUCCAAAGGUUUGCUCGUCGUCACGUGGGACGAUUCCACUCCAGCGCUUCGCGCGUUCCAACCCGGUACCACAGCCGGUACAGUUCGUAACCAAAUGGCUUUGGAAGCCUCCUCCUCCUCCUCUUCCUCCUCAUCCUCCUCCUCCUCCGGCGACGAUGAGAAGAAAGCGAAAAAAGGACUCGUCGUCGACUCCAAAUACGUCAACGUGAAUUCAGUGAUGGUCAGCGCGGACACGCAACUCCAAGACGCCGAUUGCGUCUUCUUGGACGAUUUGGCCGUGUAUUAG